AUGCUGCUAUACAAUGACCAGGGCCUGAAGCUCUUCGAGGAGAUCACCUACCUGGACGAGUACUAUCUGACCAACGCUGAGAUCGAGGUGCUGCGCACCCAUGCCCAGAGAAUCGUGGCGCGCAUUCCGGACAAUUCGCAACUACUGGAACUAGGCAGCGGAAAUCUCCGCAAGGUCGAGAUCCUGCUCCGCGAGUUCGAGGCCGUCGGCAAACAUGUCGACUACUAUGCGCUGGACCUGUCGCUGUCUGAGCUGCAGCGCACCUUCUCCGAGAUCUCCAUCGAUGAUUUUACGCACGUCGAAUUCCACGGCCUGCACGGAACGUACGAUGACGCGGUGACGUGGCUGGGCCACCCCGAAAAUCGAAAACUGCCGACGGUGAUCAUGUCGAUGGGCUCGUCCAUCGGGAACUUCGACCGGUCUGCCGCGGCGGGAUUCCUCGGACAAUUCGCUCGGCUGCUGGGCCCGGACGACCUGAUGAUCAUUGGGCUGGACGCCUGCAAUGACCCGGACAAGGUAUUCCGUGCGUACAAUGACUCCAAGGGCGUAACGCGGCGGUUCUACGAGAACGGGCUGGUGCAUGCGAACGCCGUACUGGGCUUCGAGGCGUUCAAGCCGGAGGACUGGGACGUGGUCACGGAUUACAACGUGGCGGAGGGGACGCAUCGGGCGUUCUAUGCGCCCAAGCGCGAUGUGGAGAUCCUGGGCACGUUCCUCAGGGCCGGGGAGAAGCUGAUCUUCGAAGAGGCGUACAAGUAUGAUGUUAGGCAGCGCGAACAGUUGUGGCAUGAUGCUGGGCUGAUCCAUAAGGUGGAGUAUGGAAAUGAGGCUGGGGAGUACCUGGUGGGUACAGAUCUUCAUGUCUUGUCUUCGGCGGUUCUGAACUAUCCGACAAAACCCUCGCAGUAUGCGGCCGGUGCGGUUCCGACCUACGAGGAGUUUCAGAAACUUUGGACGGCUUGGGACAUCGUCACCAGGUCGAUGGUGCCUCGCGAAGAGCUGCUAUCCAAGCCGAUCAAGCUGCGUAAUGCCUUGAUCUUCUAUUUUGGACACAUUCCUACAUUUCUAGACAUCCAUCUCACUCGGGCUUUGGGUGACGAGCCGACUCAGCCCAAGUCGUACCAAGUGAUCUUUGAACGCGGGAUUGAUCCCGAUGUGGAUGACCCUGAAAAGUGCCAUUCGCACAGCGAGAUCCCCGAUGAAUGGCCCGCCGUCGACGAGAUUCUGGAUUACCAGGAACGAGUUCGCAGUCGAGUGCGGUCGAUCUACCAGAAACACGAUCUGACCCAGGAUCGCACUCUUGGCGAAGCCCUCUGGAUCGGCUUCGAGCAUGAAGCCAUGCACCUGGAGACGUUCCUCUACAUGCUCAUCCACAGUGAGAGGAUCAACCCGCCGCCUGCGGUCUCCAAGCCGGACUUCGAGAAGCUGUUCCGCGACGCCCGAGACCAGGAGAAGCCGAAUGACUGGUUCAGCGUCCCGGAGCAGACGCUAUCUGUCGGUCUGGACGAUGACGGGAAGUCGGUGCCUAGCGUCUCCUACGCAUGGGACAACGAGAAGCCGGAGCGAACGGUCACCGUCAAGGCCUUCCAGGCGCAGGGCCGACCUAUCACGAACGGUGAGUAUGCGAGAUACCUGCAGGCAAAUCAUUUGGAACAGAAACCCGAGUCGUGGGUCUGGACUCGUCCUGAGGGGAAUGGUGUUCUGCAGGACGGACAAAGCAACGGCCACGCGACGAAGGAGUAUCUGGCGAACUUCGCUGUGCGCACCGUGUUCGGAUCCGUGCCGCUGGAAUAUGCGCAGGACUGGCCGGUGAUUGCGUCCUAUGAUGAGCUGGCGCGGUAUGCCGCGUGGAUGGACUGUCGGAUCCCCACCUUCGAGGAAGUGAAGAGCAUCUAUGCCCAUGCGGCGCGAGUGAACGGGACCCAGCAUGACAUGCUGCCCAACGGCCAUAGCGAGACCAACGGCGUGAACGGAAACGGCUUCCCCACCAAGCAACUCAGCAAUCCUUCGAAGCCUCGCACCCCGGACCACCAACCAGUAUCCCAGCCUUCGCGUGUCUCCCAGCCGGUGUAUAUGGACCUCGACGACUGCAAUGUCGGGUUCAAACACUGGCACCCGACCCCGGUCAUCCACCACGGUGACCGACUGGCCGGGCAUGGGGAGCUGGGCGGCGUGUGGGAAUGGACGAGCACGACGCUAGCGCCGCAUGAGGGGUUCGAGGCGAUGACGAUCUACCCCGGGUACACUUCCGACUUCUUCGAUGGCAAGCAUAAUGUUAUCCUGGGAGGUUCCUGGGCUACUCACCCAAGGAUUGCGGGAAGGACAACCUUUGUGAACUGGUACCAGCGGAAUUAUCCUUACCCUUGGGCUGGGGCGCGGUUGGUCCGGGAUGUCUGA